GCGAAAUGCAAACAUUGCGGUAUAAAAACGAGUAGCGAGGUAACUUAUAGGGUUGUUGCAGCAACAUAUGGACUGAAGUUAUUAUCGACCCACCAAGCUCGGGACUUAGAUGACCUUAUUUAUAAGUAGAAAAAACCCAACAUAAACUUUGGAAACUGCGAAGGUUUUUUGCUAUCAUACUGUAGUUAAAUCAUGCUACCAAACCUACCUGCACGAAUCGUAAAGAACCUUAUUAAUUGUCCAGCCCUUAUUAAACAGUCGGCUCUUGAAUCCUAUGAAAAAAUCAAAUCUGCUGACUACCGUCCUAUUUAUGAAGUUUACGACAAUCUUACUGGCCUAGAUCGUGUUAGAUCUUUACACGUUGGAGUUGCUGAAGCCGAGAAAAACUUUGUACAAAAACAAGUCGAGAGAAGAGCUUGUCAAAUGGAAGUUUUCCAGUUAGAAGAGGCACGAAAUCGAAUUAAUGUACAAUUGGAUAGUGUAAAGCGUAGUGACGAUAGCUUUCUGAAAUUAGUCACAGAACUACAUGAGCUUUCACGUCAACACCAACGAGCUCGUGAUCAGUUAAAUUCAGUUGAAUUAGCGGAACAAGUGGCGUUUGAACAGUUUUCCACCAUUCUGCGUCAUUCUCAAGCAGAAGAGCGAAUUCAAGCUAACAGAAUGAGACAGUGGACUGUAGGCUUUAGUUUAGCUGCUGGACUUAUUGGUUUUGGAGCUACAUGGAUACGAUUUCAUCAAAUGGAUAAGCAGACAGGAUCAAUUCACCUAACGGCUGCCGGUCAAGUUGCUGACAUCUCUUUACAAGAUUUGGCUUCCGCUCUUCAAUCAUCCGAUCAGAGACUGCGAACGGCGUUGGAUGAUUUAAUUGAAGUGAAAAAUAACCUGAAUGAUUCUAUGAAGUCGAUUAAUGAGGCUGCAUUAGAAACAUCUGUUGAUACUCGACCUUCUGUUAAGAAUUUAAUUGGUGAUAAUCUAGGCAUCAAUAGGAAGUCAUUCAUAGAUUAUACCUAUGGAGCUGGAGUUUUACUUGUUUCUGCUCUAGUCAUACUUUGGUGGAAUCGAUGAACUAGAUUACGUAAUUUAUUUCCAUGAGUGUGCAACUUUAUUCACACACAGACUGAUUUUAUAUUUUCUGCAUUUUUCAAUCUUUUCUUUUUACAUAGAGUAUCUUUCGUAGUGUUCUUAUUUUGUAUAGUUGUGUGUAGAUUUCACUCUGCUUUGAUUUCAUUAUUUUUGUUUUUGAUACCUUGAAUUUUUGUUAUGUUUGUGAACAUACUUGUGUAUAGUGGUUUUUCUGAUUGCAGUGUUACUCUGACAAUUUGAAAUAGUUUUUGUUUUCACUGAACAUUUAUUUCAAUCUUAGGUAUUUUAUAAAUAAUUAUUCAAAUAGUCUGCUACUUUAACUAAUGCUUUGCGGAGUUAGUGUUCCAUUUACGGGAUUUUUCUGGUUUUCCCAUUGUGAUAACGAAAAUUCAGAAUAUUCUGUAGGUAUUUUUUCUUCAAUGAGUAGAUCAGGGUUUAGUUGAACUUUUGAAAAUGUAGAGGGUAUAAAAAUGUAUGCAUUCUGCUUUGGUAGCCCUUCUCUCCAAACUUGGUUUGUUUUUCAACUGUUGUACAUAUUGAAAUCCUUCUGAAAAUUAUUGUAAGCAUGGCUUUAUGAAAAUUUCGACAAUUUCAUCUUUAUAAUAAACGUUGUGACCAUUUAAUUCUUCCGUUGAUAUAAAUCCGGCUUAGUGUAAUAUGAUCAAGAUUCUGUAAUUUCUAAAUUGGAUUUGUUAUUUAUGAUAUGAUGUCUAUUUGGUAACCAAACCUAAUCUAUACGUUUUUAAGUUGUCUA